AUGGUCAGAGAGGUAUAGGCAGGUGGAGAGGCUGGAGGACUAAUUUCCAAGGAGACAGAGAUAGAAGAGUUGGGGUCAGUGUCAGGCAGAGAUGCAGAAAUUGCUCCAGUAAAGAGUGAGUUCCUCAAGACAGACCUCAGCACUCUUUGUGAUGACAUCCCCACAGAAACAUCCAGCCUGCUGGGUGACAUUCAGUCCGACCCGCCCUCAGACAGCAACAACACCUGUGACGGUGAGGACGUAAAACAUGGCGACCCAGAGCCCUCUGCAAAGCCCUCGCUCUCCUACAUCGCACUGAUCGCCAAAAACAUCAUCUCCUCCUCCUCUCGGGAAGCUGAACCUGGCCUCCAUCUACAGCGCCAUGGAGGAGGGGUUCCCCUACUUCAGGGCCCGGGGGUCGGGGGGUCAGGGCCAGGGCUGGAGGAACAGCAUGAGGCACAACCUGUCCCUGAACGAGUUCUUUGUGAAGGUAAAUAAAAGGACCACAAUGGAAAUAAGUAAUUAUUGUGUUAUCCUUGAUAGUUUAAAAAAUGUAGAUAUUGGCAGUUUUCUUUUGUCAAAAACAUUUAAUCUAUCCCCACCUAUUGUCACGACUUCCGCCGAGGCUGCCCCCCCUCCUGGUUCGGGCAGGCUUCGGCGUUCGUCGUCACCGGAGUACUAGCUACUGCCAAUCCCAUUCUCAUCACUCCACUUGUCAUGUCUUGUCAAUCACACACACCUGGUGCUCAUUCCCCUAAUUAGUAUGUGUAUAAGUGUUCUCUCUGUUCCCCUUGUCUUUGUGAGUGAUUGUUUGUUGUGAGAGCGUGUAGCUCGAUUGAGCUACUAUUCGCUGUGUUUAUGCCAAGGUGGAUGUUUUCCCUUGUAUAGUUUCGUUUGACGCUUUGGGCGUUUGAUUUACGUAAACGGAAUAAACUCUGGACUUUGGUAUUUUACCUCCUGCGCCUGACUCCUUCAUUCACACCUCGUCACACCUAUACCCACCCACUGGGCAAAAACUGGUUGAAUCAAUGUUGUUUCCACAUAAUUCAAUGUGAUGACGUUGAAUCAACGUGGAAAACUGAUUGGAUUUGAAAAAAGUCAUAAAUGUAAGGGCAUUUUGUAUUUUUGUCACUCAACUCUUAACCUAAAUCCAAUGACAGGGUGACAUUUUUGGAUCCAAAGAACACCAUACCUACUGUGAAGCAUCGGGGUGGAAACAUCAUGCUUUGGGGCUGUUUUUCUGCAAAGGGACCAGGACGACUGAUCCGUGUAAAGGAAAGAAUGAAUGGGGCCAUGUAUCGUGAGAUUUUGAGUGAAAACCUCCUUCCAUCAGCAAGGGCAUUGAAGAUGAAACGUGGCUGGGUCUUUCAGCAUGACAAUGAUCCCAAACACACCGCCCGAGCAACGAAGGAGUGGCUUCGUAAGAAGCAUUUCAAGGUCCUGGAGUGGCCUAGUCAGUCUCCAGAUCUCAACGCCAUAGAAAAUCUUUGGAGGGAGUUGAAAGUCCGUGUUGCCCAGCGACAGCCCCAAAACAUCACUGCUCUAGAGGAGAUCUGCAUGGAGGAAUGGGCCAAAAUACCAGUAACAGUGUGUGAAAACCUUGUGAAGACUUACAGAAAACGUUUAACCUGUGUCAUUGCCAACAAAGGGUAUAUAACAAAGUAUUGAGAAACUUUUGUUAUUGACCAAAUACUUAUUUUCCACCAUAAUUUGCAAAUAAAUUCAUAAAAAAUCCUACAAUGUGAUUUUCAGGAUUUAUUUUUCUCAUUUUGUCUGUCAUAGUUGACGUGUACCUAUGAUGAAAAUUACAGGCCUCUCUCAUCUUUUUAAGUGGGAGAACUUGCACAAUUGGUGGCUGACUAAAUACUUUUUUCCCCCACUGUAUAUGGAGAUGUCGUCCCAUAGGUAGGAGGGCGGACUGUGACCACUUCCUGUCUGGUAAAGAAGGCCUGAUAUUUGUAAAACUUUGCUCCCUUGGUGCAGUGGGGGGAUGGAGCAAAAACCUGACAGGGACUCCUUAAGGAAACACGUCCCCCUAACUGUUUCCUCAAUCUGAGGCCAUUAGACCCUCUUAGCCUCUCUAAGCAACUCCAUCUGUAUGUAUCCUGAUUCUGAACUCUAUUUACCACUGUCUUGUGCUUGUAUGUGGCUAGAGCUGUCUAGUAAGCCAAAUGCCUCAGAGAUGUGUCACACAACCUCUCCUCAGCCAACACCUUGAUGAUCCUCGCUAGGUCUACUAAGGUAGACUCUUGGAAAGGAACAAUGCUCACUAUUACAUCCUCCAAAUUGACUCCACACGCUCUCACCUUUUUAGCCAGAUAGUUAGCAAUGAUGUUGUUGUCCCCCAAAGCCUGGAGCUUGUCCAGUGCCUCUGGAUUCUUUCUGAGGCUGAUGAGAGAUGGCAUGGACCAGCUCCUUGGCCAGGCUGCCACCCAACUUGAAAGUCAGGCUUAGCUGUCUCUCGUAUGGGACCUUAGAGAAAAUCUUAAAGACAUCCACUAACCCAGUCCUUCCUCUGGGCGCCUCUGCUGCAUGACCUUCCCUGUCCAUCUCUAACAUGACUUUCUGAUUAUGUGAGGUCCUUGACUAAGGUCUGUGAACAUAUUUUUUUGACGGUGACCUCGUCCGUUAUGGUGUGUAGACUGCAUCAUAUCUUUAUCUUUCUCCACUUUAUUCUGUAUAAGGUAAACUGAAAUGCAAGGAGACGAACUUGUAAAUUACUUAAUCUAGAAACAAUUUGACCUACUACUGUAAAAAUCUUAUAAAAUGCAUCAUGUAGAUAUAUAAAUAAAUAAAAUGACAAAAACAGACUUUGAAGAGUCUUCAUUGCAACUUCUGCAAAGCUUUCCAUUAGGUUUAUUCAGAAAGAAUGUCAUAAAGUCCCAAGAGCUUAUACUCAAUAUUCAUCCAUGUUCAUUCUACUCACACUAUAAUAGAUAAAAGACAAAGUAACAGCUUAUCAGUUUGGCCUCUAUCUAUUGUAUUGUAGCUAAUGCAAUGCACCUUCUCAUCCAAUGGGUUUUCAGGAGGCGAGGAAAGAGGAUGCGAGGAUGUGAGGAAUCAAGGAAAUGCAAUUGCGAUUUUCCCUAGGUGUAGGUAGAAAAAUUAGGCCUACUACCUGGGCGCAUCAAUUUAGUUCCGUAUGAGGCCAUGUCAGCAAUCUUUAUGUAAUGAAAGUAGCCUAAUUUCUAUGGAAGACCAAAGUACUCAAAAUGAAAUAUGUAAAUAAAUGAAUAUAUAAAUGAAUAAAUAAUUAAAUACCACAUAGUCCAGAUGAAAUAAAAAAAUGAAUAAAUGAAUAAAUGAAUACCCAAUUAAAUAUGCGAUUUUGUUGUGAAAUGAUUGAAGAAUAUUGAAAUAGAUAUUCUUUCAUGUCACUUUUCAAAAAUAAUGUUACAACAUUUAAUUUCAUAAUAAAAUAGAUUUUUUCAUUAGAACAUUUAUCAUUUCAUAAUGGUGCUUUAUCACAUGAUACAUUUCCGAAUUUCAUGGCCUUUUUCAUUUCAUGGCCACUCUUUCCAGAAUUGCAAGGGCUAUGUCAAUCAAUUCAAUUUGGCAAGGUUAAGUGGGUCAUUGGUUCAAAGCCCUUGUGCAAGAUUGUAAGGCAAAAGUAGUGACCACUGGUGGAUUUACCGUUAGGCAGAAGAGGCAAUUGCCUCAGGCCUCACAUCAUCAAGGGGCCUCAAGAGCUGGGCAUAAAAAAACAAACAAAAAAAAACAGUAAUUUCUCCUCUUGAGGCCUCCCCCAUUCUCUGCUCGAGGCAUAAUAAAAUGAUUAUUUAAAAAUACCCAUCAAAAUCUGUUUUUUUGCAUGGGCUGUGUCUCAAUCCACCGCAUCCGCUGAUGUCGACCUUCCUCAUGUGCGGUGGAAGGUGGCAGGGCUACAGCGGUGUUUACCAGAUCAGGAGACAUCUCGAAAAUCGGUCUUCUCACAAAAACAUCUGAAGCGUCUGAACGGUUUGACCUAAAAAAUUAAUUUGACCCCUCUAUGGACAGAUGCGACUCUCACGAACACGAUGGUGCUCUACGACCCCCACAAGUGUCAUGGGACUUGUCUGAAGGAAACCAGGUACCGAGCCAAAUAAUGAAUGGACGUGAAUAGGGCAUUUCCAUGUCAAAUGUAUACAGGCAAUUCCCCCCACCUGCCCCCCCCCCCCCCCCCCCCCCCCCCCCCCCACCCUUUUUUUUUUUUGCUUUCUCAUACAGUAUCUCUCUACGACACUAAUCUAGUGAGCACUAUUGGAGCUUUGCCCAAGCAAGGCAUUUGAUUGGUUUGAUAUGUAGCGAAGUGUCACUAAUUUACACCAAAUCUACUAUUUCUUUUCCUAAAAUUUGAUUUUAAACCCAACCCUGACCACACUGCUAACCUUAUGCCUAACCAUAACCUUAAAUUAAGACCAAAAAGUAAAAAAAAUGUUUAAUGAAUUUUUACAAUAUAGCCAAUUUUGACUUUGUGGCUGUGGAAUCUUGUUGAAACUGUGUGUCUGUGUCCAACUUAUGCUGUCCUCAACUUUUGCUGUUUGCUGUCACUCUGUCAAAAUGCGCAUCGGCAUUAUAUAUUUUUUCCCUACCUUCGCUCCGCUUGUUAGAUACUAUCUAUGCACAUAGAGCUCGCCAGCUUGUAGUCCUAAAUUAGUUAGUUACCUCUAGUUCGUUCAGGCAUCCCUAUGGAAUGAAUGGGGAAAGAAUAGGGUUUUGGGAUAAAAGCCAAAUCUAAGGUCUGAGGUUAACACAGGCUUAGGAGAUCUUAUACGUUUUGUUCUAUGAGAUAAUAUCAGUCAGUUAACAUGACCUUUAUGAAUUAUGAAGCCUUUAUGUGCUUUUUUUUGCUUCAGAAUUCACAAAAAGUGACGUUAGCUGAUGAAGAUGAUCUCAUAGAACAAAACGUAUAAGACCUCCUAAGCCUGUGUUUACCACAGACCUUAUUUACGGCGUUUAUCCAAAAACCCUACACAAACUGCAUUAAUUUCCCCAUAGGCUUUGUCCAACGGACCAUGGCAGAGUUAGUGCCUAAAAAAAAGACGCCAUUACUAUUUCUCUCUAUUGCUUGCUAGCAAACAACAUUUAAUGAUGAUCAGACCGAAUCACGGAUAAUAACAAAAUAUACUCGGGUUAAUCAUAAUCAUAUCAGGACAAUUGCCCAUAUCCGUUAAAGCUGCAAUAUGUAACUUUUUGGACGACCUGACCAAAUUCACACAGAAAUGUCAGUUAUAGAUCUGUCAUGCUCAUUGAAAGCAAGUCUAAGAAGCAGUAGAUCUGUUCUACAUUCACUAUUUCUAUGCUUUCCAUGAUUAAGUUUAGUUUUUGCUUCUUUUACUUUCGGUUUUGUACACCAGCUUCAAACAGCUGAAUAUACAAUAUUUUUGGUUAUUGAAAAUAUAUAUUUUAGAUGGGAUAAUGAUUAUCUACACUUGCUUGUUUUGCCACAUAAACUGAAAUUAGGAGAACUAUUAGAAAUUUUGCAACCAGGAAAUGGCAGAGCGAUUUCUGCAUAUUGCACCUUUAAGAUAUUUGUUUUGUCCGACUACUCGGCACACCCCUACACAGAGGUAUGGCAUACCUAGCUCCAUCCUAACUGUCUUCUUCUUCUUCUUCGAUGAGGUUUAAUGGCGGUUGGCAUCCAAUAAAUGUUGCGUUACCUCCACCAACUAGACUGGGGUAUAAAUACCUUAGACUUUGCGUGGAAAAAAGGGAAAGGGAAACAAUUAAAUAAAUCAAUAAAAAAUACCCUGCCAUCUAACCCUACACUCAUUAAAAAAACGGACCAACCUAUUCCACUAUUUAAACAUGUCUAGUCCUACCUCAGGCCAACUGCCUGGAAGGACGGGACACCACCACUCAACACACCCUGUAACUAUUCUGACGUCAGAUCUCGUACACCCAAAUACUUCUCUGCAGCUGCCACCACAACCUCUAUUUUCUGUGACUUAUGUUCCAUCCCUGCGGUAGAGUUGAUAACCAUUGCUAUGAACGUUAAAAAGCCAAACUUAUUGAAGCAUAAAUCACUCAUUAGCCUAUCUCUCUGUACUGGCACAGAUCUACUACUCACACAAAUCCUCUCAGGAUCCCUCCCCUUUGACCAAUCUUCCUCUACUUUCUUCAAUACCUCAGCAUAUGACACUCUCUGCACUACUCUAACCCUGGCAACCUCAACCUGCCUCUAUCGCACUGGACACUUCUGAUCCCCAGACCCAUGGGCACUCCUACAAUUAACACAUACCGCUUAUUUCCCCAAUACUAGACAUUCCUUUGUCUCAUGCCCUUCUGCACACUUCUCAUAUCUAGGAACCUCCCUCCUACACACUGCUGCCACAUGCCCAUAAGCUUGACACCUGUAACAAUUUAACGGAUUCGGCAUAAAAACUGAAAUAUCCUAAAAUAAUAAUAAUAUAAUAAUAAUCACUUUGUCAGGCAAAGACUCAACAUCAAAACUCAAAAGAACAGACAAUGACUCUUCUGUUUCACCACUCACGCCACCCUAUCUCCGUCGCACUAACUGACGAGCAUCACAAACAUCGGGAAUCUUUCCCUUCAGUUGGUCCACUUUCACAUUUACAGCUACCCCAGUAAUCACUCCUUUCAAUGGUGCCCUUUUCUUGAGAGCAAAACAAGUCACAGAUCUUGUCUCCAUUCGUGUGAUGCGGAGUGCCCGCUCCCUCUGUCCAGCAGAAACACAAACAAUUAUCACAAAACUACUUCCGGUUACCUUCACCGAUUCCACAGCACCCAACUCCGUUUUCACCCACCGUGAAACCACAUUAGGAUCAGCCAAAAGGCAGGGGUCCACUUUCUCCAAAUAUGUCACUCCUACCAUCACAGACUAUUUUUCCUGACCAUCAGUGCAAGCCUCGGGCACCUGCAACCCCGAUAAUUUGCCCUCAUUCACAUCUAUUUUGCCUCCAGACCUCAAUCCGACGUACGCCUCACUCUGCUUACACGUUCCAUUCUUUUUCGACAAACCAUUUCCCUUUUUUCCACCAUCUUCAACCGAUCCAAUCUCAACCUCUACCUCCCUCACUCUCUUUGACCUCCUAUGCCUCUCUUUUUCCCUCCAUUCCUCCUCCGUAUUCCAAGCAAACUUCCCCUUAUGAUAAUAUUGCACUUCUCCUAAUAUACAUCUCACUCUUGCCCUCUCGAUGGACGCCAUGUCCCCUACCCAGAAAUCCUUCUGGGCACCAUCCUUCACAACCCUGUCCAACUCGUCCAAUAUUAAUUUGUCUACUUCCAAUCCACCCUAACUGUCAGGUAAAGUUCAACAGGGUAAAGUAAUUAAUCGUAAAGGAUUAACCAAUCAGUGACUAAAGAUUACCCACCUACGCUGAUUGACAUAAUAUACACUAUAUAUACAAAAGUAUGUGGACACCCCUUCAAAUGAGUGGAUUCUGCUAUUUUUGCCACAACAGGUGUAUAAAAUCGAGCACACAGCCAUGCAAUCCCCAUAGACAAACAUUGGCUGUAGAAUGGUCUUACUGAAGAGCUCAGUGAUUUUCAACAUGGCACUGUCAUAAGAUGCCACCUUUCCAGCAAGUCAGUUUGUCAAAUUUCUGCCCUGCUAGAGCUGCCCCGGUCAACUGUAAGUGGUGUUAUUGUGAAGUGAAAACGUCCAGGAGCAACAGUGACUCAGCCGCGAAGUGGUAGGCCACACAAUCUCACAGAACGGGACAGCUGAGUGCUGAAGUGCGUAGCAUGUAAAAAUCACCUGUCCUCGGUUGCAGCACUCACUAUCGAGUUCCCAACUGCCUCUGGAAGCAACGUCAGCACAAGAACUGUUCAUCGGGAGCUUAAUGAAAUGGGUUUCGAUGGCCAAGCAGCCACACACAAGCCUAAGAUCACCAUGCGCAAUGCCAAGCGUCGGCUGGAGUGGUGUAAAGCUUGCCGCUAUUGGACUCUGGAGCAAUGUUCUCUGGAGUGAUGAAUCACGCUACACCAUCUGGCAGUCCGACAGAAAAUCUGGGUUUGGUGGAUGCCAGGAGAACUCUACCUGCCACAAUGCAUAGUGCCAACAGUAAAGUUUGGUGGAGGAGGAAUAAUGGUCUGGGGAUGUUUUUCACGGUUCGGUCUUGGCCCUUUAGUUCCAGUGAAGGGAAAUCUUAAUGCUACAGCAUACAAUGACAUUCUAGAUGAUUCUGUUCUUCCAACUUUGUGGCAACAGUUUGGGAAAGGCCCUUCCUGUUUCAGCAUGACAAUGCCCCUGUGCACAAAGCGAGGUCCAUACAGAAAUGUUUUGUCGAGAUCAGUGUGGAAGAACUUGACUGGCAUGCACAGAGCCCUACUAGGCCUAGACCACAACCGUGGCCACCUCAGCCUCCAUCCCUGAGCAUGUUCUUGUAAGUUCUCACAUGAUGGACUUUUAAAAUCUGAAUAUCUUGUGGUCUUGGCCUAGUAACGGAAUUGUAUUGGAUACCAGUAUCUGCCACACUAGACCCCAAAACAAGCAUUUAACAGUUGUAGUUCCUAUUCCAUUAAUUUGCCCUCAGGGGAGAGUGGGGUAAACUAAGCCGAAGGGGUAAGUUGAGCCACCCUUGUUUCUAGGAAACCAUAAACAAAAUGAAUCCUUUGACCAACUAUUUAGGAAGAGGUCAUCAUUUCAUGGAGUCUGUGAAGGAAGAAACCCCAGGGAAAAAGUGAUAAACAAGUUAGUUACAAAAACAGAUUUUCAUGAUGCUUGAAUCUAAACCAACAAAUAUAAUUUUAAGAUUGUUCUAUACAUCAGUUGGGGUCUCUAUAAGCUUCAAUAUGAGGUCCUAAACCUAGCAUGAAAGUGUAUCCUUGUAGCUGUAAGGACUAAUAUAGUAAAAAUGUUUGCCUUGGGGUAAGUUGAGCCAAUGGUUGAGCGAAUGGCAAGUUGAGCAAAUUGAAGUGUUUUCUUCCCAGAUGUAAUGCAAGGCAUUAUUGCUGGGAUAUGAGGUAACAACAGUGCCUGGCCUAUGUUAAAAGUGUUUAAAAAAAGUUUGUUAGGUGUUAAAAGAUGCUUAAAAUGAUUAAAAGACAAAAAAGUGAUUUUGAUUGUGUUGAAUUGUGUUUGGGAAAUAAAGAUAGACAUGGUUUUAAAAAGGUAGUUGUAAUAUUUUAUGCAGUACAGAAAUUCUCCUGUCCCACGGAUCAACUUACCCCAUACCUGGGGUAAGUUGUUCAAAGAGACCGCUGUUUUUGGACAAGCUAUGUUUUCAAAACUGUAAUGUUUAUUUGAAUUCUGAUUAUUUCCAGGGAUACAAAACAUCCUGAAAUAUAUAUAGAUAUCUUUGUUAGAAAGAAUGCUAUAUUUCCUUUGACGGACAGAUGCUGAAUGUAAAAAAAAUGCUCAACUCACCCCCACUUUCCCCUAGCUACCACUCACUAGGCUAGGCCUAUAACGUCUAGGGGCUAGCCUAUUUGUUCUAUUUUUUUCAACCGCUUAUCUGAAAAGAAACAGACCAUGGAAAACCAGACCCACAUGUCACAUAACCUCCCCAGCAGCACAGAUGUUUCUCUCUGCUCCUCUCUCACAUGACAGACUGGCAGGACCACCAUACAGAUGGCAAUGGUGUCAAUCCCCAGAAGGCCACUCUGAUAGUGGUUCACACUGAUGGGAGCAUAGUGGACACAACAGGGCUGAAGAACGCUGCAGCCGCCAUGACCUCUGGUGUGCUCUAGGGAAUCUUAGUUACAAAAAGAAAUGUCAGGUGUCAUGGUAACUUAAGUGUUGUAUAUUAUCCUGUCAUCCCCAGGACCCCAGACUCCCUCCACUCCACGGACCCGACGAGCUGCCAGUGUGCUGCAUGAACACCAGCGGCAUGCUGUACAAAAUCAGACUGGUCUCAUGUAGGUGUAGGUGUGGCCACAAAGUGGAGCUCUUGGUUUAAAGAUGAGGACAGCUCCAUCGCUUUCCUCUGCCCUGGCUGGAGACCGUGGCCACUCUGAUUACCAGUAAUUGCAGUAUCACGACUGGAAGUAGAAAUGAGUGUAAACACAGAUUUGUUUUUAGACAAAGUUGAGGAGUGGCAGGGAAUAGGGGUGAAAGUGGUGAUAGGUUCUCCACUAUGGAGUUGACUAUUUUUAACAAACCCAGCUGAUGAAAGCUGUCUGAAAGAAGCCAUAUAUUCUUCCCUCAACUUGAGAAUACAUGGGUUAUGGUGAAUGAAGGGGCUAUUAUAGUCUUAAUAAUUAACUUCACAUGCCUAUCUCCAUUUAAAUAACUGUUGCCAUGUUCUCUUGUCUUGUCUCUGCUGCCUGUCCAAUCCACUGACAACUAGGUGGAAAGGGACGCUGCAUCAAGCACAGCAACCACUGGUACACGCCCACUGAGUUUGAGGGCAUGUCAGGCCAGGCGAGCAGCAAGGACUGGAAGAGAAGCAUCCGCUAUGCAGGGUGUCCACUGCAGUGCCUCAUCCAGGUGAGCAAGCCAGCCCACUCAGCCCACAGUCUGUCAGCAGUGACAGGCUCUGAUGGCACUUUUUAUUUAUUUUUGGAACUCUGUCGGGCUUCAACCCCUGGUAUAAUAUAAACACACAUAAGACACGGACAAAUCUGUAGAAUUGCAGGAAAUGAGUUUUAAAACAGCAACAUGUUCUCUCUGCCACAUGGCAAAAUGUGUAGAAUUGCACAAAAUUAGCUUUAAAACAGCAAAACGUUCUCUCCACCAAAAAGAGGGGUAUGAACAGUUAGAACAGUUUUGGGUCACAUGGGUUGCGAGGUGGGGGUUUGUUACUACGCCAAUAAAUGACAAUAUCCAUCCCGACCUUGGCCACCUAGAACAUUUGUGUGACGGGACCUUCUCAAAUAGUACUUGAGUACUCCUGGUAUAUACACUCAUCUCUGUAUGUAUUUGGAAAGUGAAGCAAAAAUGUUACCUUUGGCCCUACACUCCAGCAUCUUGGAUUUGAGAUCUAAUGUUUCAUUUGAGGGUAUUUUCAUACAUUUCUGUUUUACCGUUUAAUAAUGAAAGCACUGCAUUUGUCAUGGUAACAUAUUCAGUACCCCCAUUUGAAGAUAUCCUAUUUGGACAAAAUUCACCUAUAGUAUAUUAAAGCUGCAAUAUGUACCUUUUUGGGCGACCUGACCAAAUUCACAUAGAAAUGUAUAGUUAUAGAUCUGUCAAUCCCAUUGAAAUCAAGUCUAAGAAGUGGUAGAUCUGUUCUAUGUGCGCUAUUUCUAUUCUUCCCGUUCUUAAGUUUCGUUUUUGAGACUUUUACUUUUGGUUUUGUAGACCAGCUUCAAACAGCUGAAAAUACAAUAUUGUUGGUUAUGGAGAAGAUUUUUCACAGUGGUUUAGAUGCUACAAUGAUUCUCUACACUAUACUUGUUUGUUUUGUCACAAAAACUGAAAUUAGGUGAACUAUUCAAAUUUUAUCAACCAGGAAAUGUCAGAGCGAUAUCUGCAUAGUGCAUCUCUAUAGUAGUCAAAAGUUUAGUAUUUGGUCCUAUAUUUCUUACACACAAUGACAACAUCAAGCUUAUGACUUUACACAUUUGUUGGAUGCAUUUACAGCUCAUUUUGGUUGGGUUUCGGAAAUGUUUUGCCCAAUAGGAAGUGAAUAGUGAAUAAUGUAUUGGGUCAUUUUGGGGUCACUUUUAUUUUAAUUAAGAAUAUACUCUUUUUCUGAACACAUCUACAUUAUUGUGGAUGUUACCAUGAUUAUGGAUAAUCAUGAAUGAAUUGUGAAUGAUAAAAAGUGAGAAAGUUACAGACAGACAAAUAUCAAAUCCCCCACAAAAUGCUAAUCUCCCCUGUUAUUGACAAUGGUGAGAGGUUAGCAUGUUUUGUUGUAGCCUUCUCGCUCAUCAUUAUUCAUGUUUAAUUCCUGGCAUUAUCAGGAUUAAUUUAAAGUGUUCAGAUACAUCUUAUCUAUCUUAGAAAGAUUUCACCAUUCACUUCCUGUUGGGCAAAACAUAAUCUGAAACUCAACCAAAACAAUGCAUCCAACCAGUGUGUAGAGACACAACCUUGAUGUAGUCAUUGUGUGCUAGGAAUGUGGGACCAAACUACACUUUGACUACUUGAAUACACUAUACAGUGCAUUCAGAAUGUAUUCAGACCCCUUCACUUUUUCCACAUUUUGUUACGUUACAGCCUUAUUCUAAAAUGAAUUAAAUUAUUUAUCCCCUUCCAGGGACGGCUUGUUCAAUAGGGCGAUAUGGGCGACGCACUGCCAAACGGGAAAAGGAAGGGAUUUUUUUUCUAAUCAAUUAUUAAAAAAAAAAUAUAUAUAUUUUUUUUUUAUAAAUUUAUAAAAAAUUAUAUCACGGCAACAGCAGUUAUCAGUGUUCACGUCUGAUCUGACAGCCACUAAAUGUCAAAUCAGGCUAAAGUCGUGCUUCAAAUGGCCCCGCCCGUUUUUUGGGCGAUUUCAGUCAGGUUGAAAAUCGCCCAGAAGUCUCUCAUAGCCUGUCAUGUAAAAUCUAUUUUUUUCACAUUUCAAAGCUUUCAAUACAUUCUCUAUGGGUGUCUGUGGGCUUGCACUUACGCGCUUUCGUCAUACAUAACGUAACCACGAAUGAACGUAACUAAGAAAAGACCAGGUAGCAGCCUCAAUCAAUUCACUACUACUAUCAAAAUGGCUAGGCUUCAGUCCAACUCGAUUGUGUCUUUGAAAGAAGUUCCUUUUUGUCGGCGAACAAAUUAAGAUAAAUUGGCAACGAAACAAUUAGGACCUCCCAGACCAAAUUUAAUAAUUCAACAGGUUUCUACUAAAGGCGGAAAGUCCUACACCCGAGGAUUUUCCAAAAAUUGGUACGAACGAAAAAAGACAUUGCCACUCACUCAACUGGAUGACGAGGGAUACAGGCUAGCUGUCCGCCGCCACAACGAUGAGGUUAGUGUUGAUAAUCACAAGUUUACUGGAUGUGGAUAUGGUGUAAUAAAGGCAGUUUAUUCAGAGGUAAAUAUAUCUGUAAUCGCGUUCACGGACCCGUUCGUCAAACUCUUAGGGAGCUAUAAAUUAAGCACCAUUACUUACCAUAUCAGAUAAGAGAAAUUGCUGCAGCUACAUAUAUUUUACAUCCUGGCCCUACAUAGUUCACUAUUUGCAUCACUUACCAAAAUAUUACAUGUGGUCAUAUAUGCUUGGAAAGUGGAGAUGCCAUAGAACGUCAAAAAAGUAAACAUUGCUGGAGACACAUUGUCGUUUUGGAGAAGACAUCGCGUUUGCUAGCGAAGAGAUUUGUUGUGGCAAAUGAACUUGGCCUGGGAAUUGCCAGGAACCUCACGAUAAGAUAUAUGCAUCAGCAUUGCGAGUCUCAUGAUUCUAUACGUAUUGCGAUUCGAUACUGUGAUUUUAUUGCGCACCAUAUGUCUGUUGCAGAGGGAUCAGAAAGCCAUGAGAACGAGUUUUGAUCAGUCAUGGAAAUAAAAGUGCUGAAAACUAAUUGGCUCCCAAUGUGAAAAGAUUGAGAACAAGCUAUGAAGGAACAAUAAUGGUGUUUUGGUGCAGGUACAGCCAACUAGCGCUAAAAUAUUGCGAUAUUGUCAAUACAGUAUAUCGUAAAGUAUCACUAUGUAACUCGAUUUCUUUCACCCCAAUCCCUCAAAUUAACGGUAAAUAACUGAAUUGUUUGCCCCACAUUUAGCUAAGAUGAUUAGCUAGCCAGCUAAAAUGUUUUAUUUAGUUAGCAGUCGCAUCUACAAUAGUUUACUGUCAAUAACAUGUCUCCAAAAAUGACGUGGUGUCUCCAAUUGUGUUGACAUUUUACAAUUGCAAUGCGCAUCCAUGAGUAUCCACUUUCUGUAGCUCAGCUGGUAGAGCAUGGUGCUUGUAACGCCAAGGUAGUGGGUUCGAUCCCCGGGACCACCCAUACACAAAAAUGUAUGCACGCAUGACUGUAAGUCGCUUUGGAUAAAAGCGUCUGCUAAAUGGCAUAUUAUUAUUAUUAUUAUUAUUAUUAUUAUUAUCUGAAGAGAGCCCCGAAACAUUGUGUGCAGACAUUUUAUGCAAUAAAUGAAGUAGGUUCAAUCUAGUAGUUCUGAUCUUCUGAUUGGUCCUGAUGAGUUGGGCGAGGUCACCUCCAGGCUACUGUCACUGUUGCAUUGGCUCUGAGUCGGGUUCUCUGUCUUCAAAUGUUCAGCCUAAGAGAGGGGAUUUUUGUGUGUGUGUGUGUGUGUGUUUAACAGUGAUGAUGUGUGUGUGUGUGUGUGUGUUUAACAGUGAUGAUGUGUGUGUGUGUGUGUUUGUGUGUGUGUGUGUCCUCAGAGCAAGAACUUGUGAGUUGGAAGAACUGAGAGGCCUAUGGCGUGGGUGUUGUCCUUGGCCACCUGCUGACAAGGCUGACAAGAUAGGACCCUUUUGUCCAUUGUUAUUGGAUAGGAACAGAACUUAUAACCAGCUCCUGACCUAAAUAGAUCUUAGCACAACAUUUUACUCAACAUAUCAUAUUCCAUAUUCACUAUAACAAAUAUAUUUACUACGACAUUAGCAAGAACCGCCACAUCCUCAGCCGGCUAAUCCAGUGUGUGAAGUUUUGCGGAGUGUUUGAGUUAGCUUUGCGAGGCAAAGAUGAAACUGAGGGCUCCACCAACCCUGGUAAGCCAACACUUUUGAGAUCAGUCAAUAAAUGCUUCUGGUAUUGACUUAUAUGCUGCCCCUGUCUUCAUGUUGUUGCUGGACAUAUCUUUUUUUAAAAUGUGUGUAGGUCACCUAAAUCAUCAGAAAAAUUGCCCCUCCUGAGAAUUUUUUCAGGAGCCGCCACUGGUAGUUACCCUUUAAUUCAGUGUGUAUGCAGUGUUUCUGUAGCACAGUAAGCACACGUGAUGGAGUUCGCAAAUCAAAUGCCCACUUGUGAUACCAUUGGACAACGAAACUAGUAAGUUAACCUUUAUUGCGUGUGUGUGUCAGAACCAAGAUGAUUUGGAGUAGUCCUACAGUAACUGAGACUACCGCACCAGGUAUUCCUCUUCUGCUCCCAUGCUGGAGACCAGGGCUUGAUUACAACCUGUUACAAUGGUGCCAACAUUUUGUGGAUGAUCUUUCAGCAGGGGAGUGGGUGAAUGUGUCAAAGACCUGACUGGGCCCAGCACUGCACGGUAUGGCUCGUAAUGUUGUUGUGUGCCUAUUUGUGUACUGAGGAACAUGUAACUUGGUUCCAAAAGAAAAUCACUUGCAAUGGACGCAGAAAAGGCGCAGAAAAGGCAAUUGACUGAUUUUCUUAUAUGAACUGUGACUCAGUAAAAUCUUCGAAAUCGUUGCAUGUUGCGUUUAUAUUCCUUUGCUAGCAAAAACAUUCCCCCUGGUCAUCACUCAUUAACAAAGCAAUAAUUAUUUCUGAACCAUACCCAUUUCCACAUUUUUUUUUUCUUAAUUGUUAAUAUUUUGUGUAUUUUACCCCCCCUUUUCGUGAUAUCCAAUUGCGAUAUUGUCUCAUCACUGCAACUCCCCAAGGGCUCAGGAGAGGUGAAGUUCGAGUCAUGCGUCCUCCGAAACAUGACCCGCCAAACCGGGCUCCUUAACACCCGCCCAACCCGGAAUAAUUUUUUAUGAUAUAGAUGUGCUUUCUAGUGAAAACCAUUCCCCCUGGCCUCAAGGGAAAAAUAAAAAAAACAGGUGCUACCUUCCAGCUAGCUAAUUAGCAAAGGACAUAGCUAGCUAGCUAGCUAAUGGCUCCACCGAGAAAAAGAAAGACUACACCCUUAAAAUCUGUGGUAGAUGUGUGUCGCACUUGUGGGGAAGACUAUCCCAAUAAGAGUUACAAACACAAUCUCUUUAUUCCCGAUACGACACAAGAUACAUGGGGGAAGGUGUUGUGGAAGAUAAUUCCUUGUCCUUGCACUUGUGCGGCCUGCUGUGACGACCGCUCGUUGAUGAGUGAGUUGACUUUGCAGAGACAAGUACGUCGGUGAAUGAAUAUCUUUUGAAUAUACUGGUAGCUAAAGGUGAACCUCAAGGGAUAGGAUGCCACACGGUUAGAGGUGUAACAUACAGGACCGCUUGGUACAGACCAGCAGUGUGUGGUUUGCAUGCCAUGCCAUUGGUGACCACUUCAAAAAGCUCAGUUGUGAAAUUCAACUUUCACAUUCUGUCCCAUCACACUGUCUUAUAUUUUUUCCCAGUGUACCAAGGAUAGUCCAUCUUAUGCAGGGGAUAACAUUAAUAUGGUAAGUAUAAUUUAUUCAUGACAAUCCAGCCAUAAAGUAGACUACAAUCAGCCAAUCAUGUGUCAUUUUUGAUAGUUUUUGAUAGUUUGAUGGUUCUUCCUCUGAUGUCCUGACUAUAGCAGAUCUCUAGGCUGGCAGACAUAAAGGGCAGACUCAGGGGCAGUGGUUUAUUGUUUGGAAGAUAAGCUGCUUUUGCCAUCUGCAGCAAAGGCAAUCUUUGCUGAGCUUGGUGAUCACGUGAAACAGAACAUUCAGCUGUCUAAGCAUUUCUUAUAGAACUCUAACAAUUUUUUUGAACAGACCCAAAUCAACCUGUCCAACAGUUCACGCAAAUAAAUCAUAGAAGUCAUGGCCUUAUGAUGGUGUGGGAAAACACAUGAAAAAGUAAUUGCGGUUGUUGCUCACCAAGCAUUGCACUUUCCCCUUUUCUUCUUGUCCAGACAGGUAUGGUCAGACUGUCUGUCCCUUACAAGAGGCGCAAGAAGGAGAAUGAGCAACACACACACUCUUCAGAUGGCAGACAGACAGAUACUGCAGAGCCAUCCCUCACAGUGACUCUCAGCAGGUGUCUGGUGGAGGAUAAAGAGUGUCUGGCGUCCUCCUCUUAA